AUGACAACAAUAUCACAAGUUCAUCCAAUCAUGUCAACAUCGAAUGAAUCAAAUUCAACCCAAGAAUAUCCAGAUGAUGUUUCCAAUUGUGACAACGUUUCCAUUUCAUCAUCAUCCGGACAACCAAGAAAUCUAAAAAAGAAAAUCGGUGAUUUCUUAAAUACAUUUAUAAAGAAAAGACCAUCACCAGAUGAUUUAAGGGAAAAGAAUAUUUUAAUGGCACCAAGUAAUGUUGCACCUAGAAUACAACCAUCUCGAUACGAUUUAGAGAAUAACAUGACACAUAAAGGACAUCAGAGAAAAGGCAGUGCAUCUCGUGGCAAAAAGAGCAGUGACGAUGGUAGCAAUAGCGGAAAGAAGUCGGCGUGGGAAUAUCUUAGAAAUCUUGACUUUACAUUCUCAAAGUUCACAUUUGGUAAAACUGUGGUACACAGAUUGAAAUUCCCACAAUUCGGACUGACACCAGACGAACUACAAGAUCUUUAUCCUGAUCAACCAGAUGGAAUACCUUUAGUUUUAACAAAAGGAAUAGAAUAUUUAAAGAAUCAUCUUGAAACAGAAGGAUUAUUUAGAGUGAAUGGUAGUAAUAAGGAUAUCAGUUUAUUAAAAUUCAAAGUGGAAGAUGGUGAUUUGGAUUUCAGUCAAGUCGAUAAUCCAUAUUGUAUUUGUGGUUUGGUAUCAACAUUUUUCAAAGAAUUGCCAGAACCUUUAAUUCCAUUAGAUAGAUAUUAUGAAGCUGUAGAUAGUGUUCGUGGUACUGAGAAAUUAGAAAUAAUUGUACCAAAGCUAAGACAAUUGGUAUUAAAUAUCCCACCAUCACAUCUUUGUAUUCUAAGGAAAUUCACAGAGUUUCUCACGCUGAUUGAAGCGAAUAAAGAUAAAAAUAAGAUGACCUCUGAUAAUUUGGGUAUCAUUUUCGGACCUACUUUGAUGCGAGAUCCAGAUUUCAAAGACAUCACCAGUGGUCUCGCUAAUUUGAAGUUGCAAUCCUACGUCAUUAAAUAUAUGGUCGAAUGUUAUAGUGCCAUCUUUAAGAGUUUCGAAGUGAAGUCUGCCUACAGAAAAUCAAUGGUUGUACUACCACCGGUCGACACUUCUUCGAUCGAUUAUCUCGAUAUUGCAUCGCCUGCAUCCGAAGCCAAGCGAGAGUCACUCGUUCAGGUGGUGCGAUCCGAUGGUCAACUCUCACGUCGUCCACGUCCGCCACCACGCCGUACCGGAACCAUUCUGCUAAGUCCGCGUCAACCCGAACAACGACAACAACAAGCCUAUGCCAUAUCAACAAUGACUCGUCCAGUCUCGCGGUUAUUCAAUCCCGAGAUCCUAGACUCGCCAACCACACCGCCAUCCAACUGUCCAAAACCACCAAAACCACCAAGCAGAAAGCCAACUGCUGCCACCCCACCAAUUAGAUUCGAUUUGAAUAAACCAAUAACAUCAACAUCAACAACAACGACAACAACAACUACUACAACAACUACACCCAAUCCACCACCACCAAUGCCAUACAGGAAAUUACCAUCGAAACCAAUGCCAACCAUUCCAAUAACACCACAAUCACCAAAACUAGCACCAAGACCACCAAUUUCAAAAGCACCAAUUCCACCCAAAUUACCAACAGCACCAGUACCAACAACACCAACACCAGCACCAACACCCAGCAUGUCAGUCGAAACACCCAAAGCAAAACCAUUACCACCUAAACGUAAUUUCCCAGUUGAUUCAUCACUUUCAGCAUCUCCUCCAACCACACCACAGAUUCUCCGCUCAAAUACAAUGCCAUCUACACCAAAACCACCAACAUCAACAAUGACAACAUCAAAUGUACAUACAACAACUACUACAACACCAACAACAACAACAAUCAAUCAAUUCGAUAGACCACCUAACAAACCUCCACCAAAUCCAUUCGAUUAUAAAUAUAAAACAACUCCAAAUCCAAUAACAACCACCAAUCAACAACCUGCAAAACUAUCACCGGUUCUCUCUGGAUCACCAUCAUCCUCUGACUCUGAACCAAAGAGUAGUGGUGCACCAGUGGUAAAGAAACGCGUACAAUUUGGAACAACAGCAACAGGAGAGUCAAAUGACUCAUCAAGCUCAACAACAACAACAACAACAGCACCAACACCUUCCGCUAGACCACCUGUUCUACCAAGAUCCAUCUCAUUUGUUGAUCAUACACAAUCAAAACCAAUUCCAGUUCCAAGACAACCUAUCGAUCAACAACAACAAUCACCAUUUUCCUUUACAAACAAAGGACAAUCACCGAAAUCAACAACACCAUUACCAACACCAGUGACAAACCAACAACCAGUUACGUCGAACACCAACACAAUCACAUCUUCAUCACCAAGCGGUAAAUCAUCUUCAUUCAAAUUGAAUUCAUCCAGUGAAGACACAGAGAAAGCGAAAAACAACUUUACCUCACAGAGAACAUCAAAGUCAGCACUUAAUCUAACAGGUAGUGGUACCAAAGACGAAAGAAUCUCGCCAUCAUCAUCACCAAACACCAACUCCAACCAAAUAAUCUUUAAAAAUGUAUCAUUAAACCCACCACUAAGAGUAACACAACAACAGCAACAAUCUUCCUCAUCACCAGACAUAACAACAAAAUCACCAAUUAUAACAAGAAAAUAA